UGUGUGUAUCUGUGUGUGUGCGCACGUGUGUGUUUUGAUGGGGAAGCGCAAAGCCCGCAAAGCUUUUGAAUCCCGGAUGUGGCAGCAGCCCGACAGGACUCGAGUACGACGCCUCGCUCACGAGGAGGCGGCGAGGAGCAAGUCACAGCAAGUGCAAAGCCAGCCGAGGCCCAGUGCGCUCCGGAGUUGCCGGUUCUAUCCCGGUGCGCGGGUUGCUUCAAGCAGCGCAAACACGGCCUCAGGGCAGCAGGACCCCCGGACGACCGCCCAGACGACGACGACGAAGACGCGCGUGAACGUGAAGCGCCUGCUGGGGGAGCCGCUGAGCACGCGGGGCAAGGUAACCGCCGCCUUGUGGUGUGUGUACCCAAAUUGUACGUGUGGGGUGAGGGGGGGGGGGGGGGAAGCACAGCAGCAGUUUGAGAUGAUGGAGACUCGCUUUUCCAAUAUUACAAUUCUCAUUAUUAUUGUUGUCAUUUUUACUUGUUUAAGCGUCUCCAGUAGAAUUUUUUUUCCUACACUUUCUUGUUUUUCCUUCUGCAACUUUAACUUUUUGGAAAAUGUCAAAUGUCCCCCCCCCCCAAAAAAAAAAUCCUUCAUACUUUCUGUACUAUUAAAACAAAUUACAUUUUACAAGACUUAAAAGUACAUAUUAAAAAAUUAUACAUGAACACAUUUUGUAAAAAAAAAAUUGCUUUUGUCAUUUUCCAUUUUGACAUUUAAUUUUUUGUCUGUAAAAUAGAAAGCUAUUUUAAACUGAUUUGGAUUAUUUUUUUUAUUCCAAUUUCACAUCAUAAACUUGAAAACAUUUUCAAAUCUCAAGACAGUUUCAAAAUAAAAGCAGAUAUGCCAAUUUUUAAGUUUUAAUGUCAAAAGUCUUGAAAAAAAAAAUUUCCAUCAAGGUUAAGUUUGAAAAUUAAAAAUAAAAAAAGACUAAAAAAAGAUAAUUUACUUUCCUCUCAACCUUUUAAAAACAGAAUAUUAAAAAAAUGGUUUAUCUGCAUUUUGUCCUCUUUCAAUUAAUCUCAAAAUUUCUUGAAAAUAAAAAGAAAUCUAAAAAAACAUGCAGACCACUUUUUCAGAGAUCAAUUUAAAAAGUAUAUGAAAAAAAACUCAAAGCAAUAUCAAAUGCAAAGUCCAAAUCUUGGCAAUUCGACAAUUGGACUUUGUGGCACUCAAGCGUUUGCUUUUGCCCUCGUUCAGCUCGCACAGGCAGCCCCUCUCAAGUCCGUUCUUCAGGGGCGGGCGGCGCCGGCCAAGGUACGGCGUCGGCGCGGCAUCGGAGGUCCCCGUAGUCCACGUCAGGAAUUGGUGAAAACCGUAAAGACUCGAUGGGCGAAAACCUGAUGAUGUGGUUCCUGGAGAUGCUCAUUAAAUUGUAAAACCUAUUGCGAGCGUUCCCUUUAUCGCUUCUUUGUGUGUCUUUACCGUUAAUUCGACUGGAAAGAGCCUCAUUAUGUUGUCGCAGUACACCAGAGGGAUCUGUGAACUGCUGUGCACAGUAUAGCAGGUGGCAAAAUAAGCUGUUUUCAUUCUCAGAUAUUAAUGAAUAUGUAGCAAUUUGACAACGUGUCGGAACUGUUCCACGCGACGAGUGUGAUGAGUUUAUUGAUAACCGGGACCGUUUAUGCACUGAAAUUUAUGAAUGGGAAUUUGUAUUUGUAUGAAUUGGGCCACCGCCAACUGCUCUGCUGGGGUGUCGUUAUCAGUGAUCAGGAUCAGGAAAUCUUGUGGUUCACGUUACAUUUGCAUGAAAUUGUCCAGCCAUCCCUUUAUUAGCCGCUUAUCCUCACGAGGGUCGCGGGCGUGUUGCAGCCUAUCCCUGCUGUCAACGGGCAGGAGGCGGGGCACACCCUGAACUGGUCGCCUGUCAAUCGCAGGGCACAUAGAGACAAACGACCAAUCGCACUCACAAUCACACCUUGGAGCAAUUUAGAGUGUACAAUUAAUGUUGCAUGUUUUUGGGAUGUGGGAGGAAACCGGAGUGCCCAACCGGAGAAAAGCCACUCAGGCACGGGGAGAACAUGCAAACUCCACACAGGGAGGGCUGGGAUCGAACCCGGGUCCUCAGAACCGUGAGGCCGAGGCUUUCCGCCUGCAUGAAAUUAGUGACGUCCAAUCUUUCUGAUCGUCGCUAACUUUUGAAAACUAGGCGCCGUUUGAGCGUGCGAGGCAUUUUUUGCAUAUGAAAAUGUGCCCCUGGACGUCAAGCAGGAGUCGCACCGGUGGCAAUAUAAAAAGCGGCAUUGACGGCGCUCGUGCCAACGUUUGUGUGUUCAGUCAUGGACCGGGCCCCAGGCCACGCCCUCUUCACCACACACACACACACACACACUUUCUGUCUCUGUCUGUCUUUGUUUGUUUGCGCGAGCGUCGAACUGCGAUGGAGCCGAGCAGUCCCAAGAAGAUCCAGUUCGACGUCCCGCCGCUGCAGGAACACUUGGACCCCCAGGCCGCCGAACACAUACGUCGCAGACGGCCGACGCCUGCAACGCUGCAAAUAUACAGACAACCUGAAGCUGGCGAUCAGAACAACGCAGGCGGCGGCUCGCAGUCUGUAGAUGGCGCUCAGAGGAGGCGAAGCACGUUGGCCCCGCCCACCAGGAAAGAUCUUCACGCUGAGGCGGAGCAACACCCCCCGGGGGGGCCGGACUACCAGUUGAGUCCAAUCACAGCGCAGCUCUAUGCCAGCGCCUGCUCGUGGACCAAUCAGAACGGGCCGAAGGAAGCCAACGGGAACGAGGCGGGACUUCGAGCCAAUCAGGAGAGAGGCCUGGCGCAGAGCCGAAGCUCAACCGGUGCACUUGAAUCAUCCGUACCCGAAGAAGACGAAGAGGUCGACGUCAAGCGUCGGGAUGACGAAGACGCUUUUUGACUGUUUUGAAUAAAACAUACGAAGGUACCGCAACACCCGCUUGCGCAGUGGUUUUCAAACUGUGGGGUGGGGGCCGGUUUACAAUAUUCAGUGCUAGCACGCGUACCCGUCGGACAAAAUUUCAAAUAGCUGAAAUUGGAGGAGUCACUGAUGGUGUAGCGGCACACAAGCCUGCCUUUGGUGUGGGCGGCGCGGGAUCGAUUCCCGCUCAGUGAUGGUGUCGAUAUCUGCCCGGUGACUGACUGGCGACCAGUGCAAGGUGUAGUCUGCCUUUUGCCUGAAGCUCGCUGGGAUAGGCUCAAACACUCCAGUGACCCUUGUGAGGAUAAGUGGCUUGGAAAAAACACCAGCUCAAAUGUUUGGGGACAUUGGAUUGAUUUUGAAAUUGUUUCAUAUCGGUGGUGUUCAACUCCUUUUGUCGCAGGCCACAUUGCAGAGACGGAUUCCAUCAGAAGGCCGUUAUGCCCGUAAAAAUCCAUAAUCACGUCAUAACAGUAUUGAAAGCAUGACUAUUUUCCAUACAACACUUUCUGUUUACCUGUACUAUAACAUUAUGAAAUCAAAAUUCCACACGUUUCCUACUAUGAGUAGAAACUGAACGUCAGACCGAGUCCAGGGUGGAGGAAUGUGCAGAGGGCGCCACCCGCUGACGCAUUUCCCGAACUGCGGCCGCAAAGCACGAGACAAAAAGUCGGACGUGUUCACUUGUACUUUAUUAACCGUCACCGAGAGCCGCCGAGGGGCUUCCCGGCGUUUUUCUUUCCACUGCACUUAUGUUACAAGAAUGCCCCCCCCCCCCAUCCUCACAAAAAAACAUCAUGUCGUGUUUGUCCACACAUUUGGCAAAUUGCAAAAGUAAGAAAACGUAAAAACAGACCAGUUGAGUUUCACAUCAAAACCUGUUUUGUUUUUUUUGUUUUGUUUUUUAUCAUUUUGCUUUUGUUCGAAGACACAAAGAGUUCCGGUUACCACUAGCUAGAAAAGAAUAAAUCACCAUGUUACAAGUGUACGCGCGUGACUUUGAAGAGGUUUUUUUUUUUUUUUAACUAUGAAAUGAUUCGACAGUCUGCGUCAUAAAUGGAAAAUGUACACAAAGCUCAAGCAAAACGUCGUCCUCGAGCCGAAAGAAAAAAAAACCCAAACAAGAAAAUCAUCCAAAUCCGUCACCGGCGCUCAAAUAGUUUAGUGUCAGCGCAAUAUAUAUACUGUAUAUUUAUAUAUACUAUGUAUUUAUAAGGUUUUUUUUUUUUGUCCUUGCAUAACAAAUACUCAUGUUUGUAAAGUGUUGCCAUGGUUACGA